AUGAUCAGCCCAGACCCCAGGCCCUCCCCUCGCUUGGCUCGUAGGGCUGAGAGCUACGAGGCCAAGUGUGAACGCCGGCUGGAAACCAGGGAGCACCUCUGCUGUCGCCGUAAUGUGACCACUUGCCGCCAGGUGGGGAAGGUACUGAGGUCUCAACAAAGAGAACAGCUCAAGACGGCUCGCCAGCAGCAGUUCUUCAGGAGAAGGAACCUGGAAUUGGAGGAGAAAGGCAAAGCAGAGAGUUCUCGGACUAGGGAACAAGGUUCUUCCAGGAGAAAAGACGAGACAAGUGACUUCAAUGAGCCCUCACCUCAGACCAGCAGUGCUUCCCCUGGACAGCAGGUGGCAGGAUCAAGCUCUGAGAUCAUUCCAAAGCAGCAGCAUCCUCCCUCAGUUGUCCAGAAAGUACUGGCUGAUCACCUUCCCUCAAGGGCCAAGGACCUUUCCUCACACAAUGGUUCCAUUAAGAAGCCCCUCAAACACCACUGUGGCACCCAGACAAAAGCUGAAAAACUACACCCAGCAAACCAGAAGGAUGCCAGUCAACAAACCAGCAGUGGAGCUGCCAUUCUGGAUAAGGAAAUCAUCCAGCUUUCAGAGUAUCUCAAAGAAGCCCUACAACGAGAAUUGGCCCUAAAACAGAAAAUGGUGAUUCUCCAAGAUCUACUAUCCCACUUGAUCCUAGCAUCUGACAACUCAUGGAAGGGACAGCUCAACGAAGACAAGUUGAAAGGAAAACUGAACUCUUUAGAAAACCAGCUAUAUACCUGUACGCAGAAAUAUUCCCCUCGGGGGAUGAAAAAGUUGCUACUGGAGAUGGAACGCCAGAAAACCCACUAUGAGCAGAAAGCCAAGGAGUCACUGCAGAAAGUGCUGGAGGAGAAAAUUGCUGCAGAGCAGCAACUGCAAAGCACACAGCGAUCCCUAGCUCUGGCAGAGCAGAAGUGUGAGGAGUGGAGGACCCAAUACAAUACACUGAAAGAGGACUGGAGGACGCUGGGGACCCAGCACAGAGAACUCGAGAGCCAAUUCCACGAGCUCCGGUUCAAGCUGCAGGGAGCAGACAGCAAAGACAUGCAGAUGAACCAGGCCUUGCGACUUUUGGAGAAUGAACACCAAGAGCUGCAGGCCAAGAUUGAGCAUCUGCAGGGUGACAGAGACCUGAGCAGCUCAGAUCUCCAGGAUCUACAUGAACAACUAAAGAGGUCAGAGGAAGAGAAACUCACCCUGGUGGCCAGAGUACAGGAGCUACAAAGUCUGCUUCAGAAUCAGUCCUUACAGCUUCAAGAAUGGGAGAAAUCCUUAACAAAGAAAGGACAGGCUCUUCCUGUGUGGAGUCCACAGCCCUCUCAACACCAGGUGGAGCCUAAGGGCACAGGGGAGGAGAAGGAUUGGGAUCUGCAAGACCAGUUGCGAAAGAAGACUUUGCAGUUCCAGGCCAAGGAAAAAGAGUGCAGAGAACUGCAUGCAGAGCUGGACCACCUCAGUGACGAGUACCUGUUCUGCCAGCAGAAGCUGCAGCACUGUCGAGAGGAGCUAAACCGGAGCCGGCAGCCGCCUCCUACAAAGCAAUGUAGCCAAUGGCUCCCAAUGCUGAUUGUGGUAACUGUUACAGCACUACUGGCAGUGUUCCUGGCCAACAAAAAUAGCCUAAUUAUGUAA